CUACUCUAUCUGCCAAUUAUAACACCCUUUCUUCCCACUUAUUUCUCUCCAUUGAUUUCGUCAAAAGAUGGGGAAGCUUUCAAAGUACCGUGGCGUUUUUUGUGUGAUGUUGGUUUUGUUGGUGAUAGGAUUGGCGGAAUGUCGGAAAAUUGAGGAAGAUACAUUUUCUGAUGGCAUAGGAGGUGGUUUGGGUGGUGGUGGCGGCGGUGGUGCUGGUGGAGGUGGAGGCCUUGGAGGUGGUGCUGGUGCUGGCGGUGGCUUUGGGGGUGGAAAAGGUGGUGGUAUAGGAGGUGGAGGUGGUGCAGGUGGUGGCUUUGGAGGUGGGAAAGGAGGUGGAGUAGGAGGUGGCGGUGGUGCUGGAGGAGGGAUUGGAGGUGGAGGCGGUGCAGGUGGUGUAGGAGGUGGUGCCGGAGGAGGGGUUGGAGGUGGAGGUGGUGCAGGUGGUGGCUUUGGAGGUGGAAAAGGUGGGGGAGUAGGAGGUGGUGGUGGUGUCGGAGGAGGGAUUGGAGGUGGAGGUGGAGGCGGUGCCGGUGGCGGCUUUGGAGGUGGAAAAGGUGGAGGAGUAGGUGGUGGAGGUGGUGCAGGUGGUGGGAAAGGUGGUGGAAUAGGAGGUGGAGGUGGUGCAGGUGGUGGCAUUGGAGGUGGGAAAGGUGGUGGAAUAGGAGGUGGAGGUGGUGCUGGUGGUGGCUUUGGAGGUGGAAAAGGUGGUGGAAUAGGAGGUGGAGGUGGAAAAGGUGGUGGCUUUGGAGGUGGAAAAGGUGGUGGUGUAGGAGGAGGGAUUGGUGGUGGAAGGGGUGCAGGUGGUGGCAUAGGAGGUGGCGGUGGUGCUGGAGGAGGCAUUGGAGGUGGAGGCGGUGCAGGUGGUGGUGCUGGAGGAGGGAUUGGUGGUGGAAGGGGUGCAGGUGGUGGCAUAGGAGGUGGCGGUGGUGCUGGAGGAGGCAUUGGAGGUGGAGGCGGUGCAGGUGGUGGUGCUGGAGGAGGGAUUGGUGGUGGAAGUGGUGUAGGUGGUGGCUUUGGAGGUGGAAAAGGUGGUGGUGUAGGAGGUGGUGGUGGUGCAGGUGGAGGUGGAGGUGGUGGCUUUGGGGGUGGUAAAGGUGGGGGAGUAGGAGUAGGUGGUGGAGCAGGAGGUGGCGCCGGCGGUGGUUUUGGCGGCGGUGGCGGUGCUGGAGGGGGAAUUGGUGGCGGUUUUUAAAUAUUGAUCCCAAAAUUUAAAAGGAUCGUAGUUGCAAUAUGUAAUCAUGUGAUGUCAUGUUCAUGCAUGGAUAUAUACUAAUAUUAUCCAAUUAGAAGGUCGAAUAAAUCGAGGCUACUACUUUAU